AUGUUCAAAUACGCCGUUGUUCUCUUCGCCCUCAUCGCCUGCGCUGCCGCCAAGCCUGGUCUCCUUGCUGCCGCUCCAUUGGCCUACGCUGCUCCCGCCGCCGUCGUUGCCGCUCCAGCCCCAGUGGUGACCGCCACCAGCAGCCAGGUGAUCGCUCGCAACUACAAUGGCAUCGCCGCUGCUCCAAUUGUUGCCGCCGCUCCCGUAGCCGCCCCUGUGGUUGCCCGUUAUGCCGCUGCUGCCCCUCUGGCCACACCACUGGUUGGUGCACACUACGCCGCCGCUCCUUUGGCUGCUCCACUCGUCGCCCGUUAUGCUGCUGCUCCUCUAGCUGCACCGCUUUUGUGGUAAGAACCGAGUAUUGAACGUUAUAAAAGACUGAUACUGAUAUGUAUACCGUUGUAAAAUAAAUGCUUAAUAUAUUCUGAAGAAAUAAUUGGUUACUGAUUUGGCGAACUAUAGAAAACUCAAGCAUUUACGUUCAAGAGUAAGAGAGCCCAGAUCCUAUGCAAGGAGAGGAUAGCCAUACUUUAACUUCUGUAAUAUUAGUGAUCUCAAGUUGUGCGUCUCGUCGACGAUCUUUACAAUCUUUCUUGUUAAGGCACGUUACCAAACGAUGUUCGAAACAGUUGUUAGAGUCAAUUUUCAGAAUAGCCUUCAACGUGUUUAGCGAUUCACGUUUUUUGUUUUUAAUUGACUCAAAUCGGUUCCGCCGGAGAGAUUAAUUGAGUUUCCUUAAUAGCCAGAAGUUGCACGGAACUAAAUCAGGCGAACACGGCGGUCAAGGCGCG